AUGAAGUUCCUCCUUUACACGAAGGCUAUCUUCACGAGGGUCCUGUUCUCGGCUCAUGGUUUCGUAGCCGUGUGGCGUGUCACUUCCGUGAAACAAGAUCCCAUUUAUUGGUAUCUUUCCGCUGCAAUUUUCGUGCUCGUCCUGGAGAGCAUUUUCACCUUGACACUCAAGAAGAACCAGGAAUGGACUUGGUUUUGCCCGAGUGUCUUUUUCUACCUGGGAAGCGUCGUCCCGUCCAUUUGGCUCCUGGAAUUCGACAAAUUGGAUCGCCGUCGAGCUUUUCUUGCGCUGGCGACUGGAUUGGCGAACGAAACUUCGCUUUCCUUCAAUCCCAUCAACGCCACGGCGAAAGACUUUGGGAAUUCUCUCACGGAUAUAGAGGAAUUGGGAUCCAUUCAAACAUUUGGAAUUCAGCUGAAGAUCCCGGUGCAAUUAUCAGCGGAGACGUGGGCCACGGUGAUCGAGCAGCUGUUGAUGCUCAUCCUGAUCGUGGGUCGAUGGUUCUUACCCAAAGGUGCCCUAACCAGGGAACAGCUGUCUCAACUUCUUCUCGUCUACAUCGGGACGGCAGCUGACAUCAUCGAGUUCUUUGAUGCCUUCAAGGACGAAAAAAUCGCUACAAACGACGUCUUGGUCUACCUCAUUCUCAGCAUUUGGACAUGGAGCCUUCUGCAAUUCUGGGAAAAUCCCGAGAAUGUUACCAGGACUCGAACGGUGAAGAAGAUCUGUUGUUCCUUGGACGUAUGGAGCGUGCUCAUCAACAUCAUCCUGCAAGACGCCCCUUUCCUCGUCUUUCGGCUCCUUUUGAUCUUCUACUACAACCUGGUGACCUACAUGAACAUAUUCUUCACGGCCAAGAACACCCUGGUCAUCGUCCUCCAGUUCUAUCGCCUCAUCGUCGUCCAGACCGAAAAGAGGAAGCAACUCCGGCAAGAGAAGCUGGAGAACUUGCGGAAGGGCCGCCAUCGAUCACGCCAUCACAAUCAUGGGAGGAAGCAGGAGAAGGACUCCGAUCGGAGACACCGCCCGUCUGCCAAACAUGAUUCCGGAAGGAAGAGCUCACCAAGUCGUUAUUCCUCCCGUUCUGUGGAUGACAUCUCCGUCAACAGCGAAUCUUCGGGGAAGCGUGAAAGAGGGAGGCCUCGAUCCCCUUCUCCUUCACCCUCCCCAAAGAAACAUCGAGCAAAAUUGAUUCGCGAAAGCGAGAGGGAGCGAAUAACAAGUAGGUCCCCACCUCGUGACAGACGGGAGUCUCGACUGCGUUCGUCUAAUUCAGCCAGCCAGUCAUCGAUUCACAAAGCCCAAUCCACCAUGACCAACAGGGAGGACCUGGGGAUGGGGUUCCCCCAGCUGGUGUUGGCGGAGGCAGUUCGAAGAUCCCGUAUUAAGCUGGAGGACGUAGAAGUCUGA